GGAAGGGGUGUGACUUUUAGCAGUUUUCUGAAGAGUAGGUUGUGGGCUUGUUUGUCUGUUUUAUUAAUACAGAAGUGACUCCUCAAAAGAAUAGGAGCUCCACAUUUUCACAACUAACAAAGAAAGCUGAGAUGAAGCCACAGAGACUGCUUGAUCAGAUGUUUCGUAAGUACUUCCUGUUGUUUUUUGGAGCCGUGCUGCUGUUGUUGACCACAGCAUUUUCUCUCGAAUGUACCAAAUACAAUGUAAAGUCAUGUCAGGACUGCAUUGAGUCUGGCCCUGGUUGUGCCUGGUGCAAGAAACGGGAUUUCACUAAAAGAGGAGAACCAGAUUCUGUUCGAUGUGAUACAAAGCAACAGCUUCUUGAGAAGGGAUGUGAUGGGAAUAUUAUUUUUCCAGAAAGCUUUGCUCACCCCUUUCCUUCUGAUCAGCCAAAUAGGAAUAAACAAAUCUACCCUGAGGAAGUUCAGCUGCGUCUAAGACCAGAACAACCUGCUGUUUUUAAUGUGACAUUCCGUCGUGGUGAGGAUUAUCCAAUAGAUCUCUAUUAUUUGAUGGACCUUUCAUUCUCUAUGGAAGAUGAUCUGCAAAUAGUGAAGAAAUUAGGAGGGGAUCUCCUUAAAGCUCUCCAAAGUAUUACCAAACGUGCACGGAUAGGUUUUGGUGCCUUUGUAGAUAAGACUGUCUUGCCAUUUGUAAACACACAUCCGGAGAAGCUUCAGAAUCCAUGCCCAAGCAAGGAGAUCAAGUGCCAACCACCAUUUGCUUUCAGGCAUGUGCUCAGCCUCACAGAUGACAUACAGAGUUUUCAAGAAGAAGUAGGAAAGCAGAACAUAUCAGGGAAUCUUGAUGCACCAGAAGGAGGACUUGAUGCCAUGAUGCAGGCUGCUGUCUGUGGGAAUAAAAUUGGCUGGAAGAAUGUGACUCGCUUAUUGGUGUACACCACAGAUGAUGGUUUCCAUUUUGCCGGGGACGGUAAGCUUGGAGCCAUUUUAACGCCUUUUGAUGGAGAAUGUCACUUGGAGGAAAAUAUGUACAAAAAGAGCAAUGAAUAUGAUUAUCCUUCUGUUGGUCAGUUGAUACAAAAACUUAAAGAAAAUAAUAUCCAGCCCAUUUUUGCUGUUACCAGUAAAGUGUACGAUACAUACGAAAAACUGAGCAAGAUGAUCCCCAAGUCUGCUGUAGGAAAACUGCAGGAGAAUUCAAAUAAUAUAAUUCAACUCAUCCAGCAUGCUUAUGAUGAUUUGUCUUCCAAAAUUAUUUUGGAACAUAGCUCUGUGCCAAGCUCCAUCAAAAUCUCAUAUGAUUCCUUCUGCCCUAAUAAAAUACAUACAAAGGAUCAACCAAGAGGGGAAUGCGACAAUGUAAAAAUAAAUAACGAGAUUACCUUCCAAGUGAAAAUUACAGCAACAUCAUGCAUUGAAAAUCAGACUCUUACUCUCCAGCCUCUUGGUUUCACAGACUUCACCACUGUGCGUAUACGCAGUCGGUGCAACUGUGAAUGUGAUGAGGAAAUACCAAGUAAAUCUGACUGCAAUGGACAAGGGAGUAUAGAUUGUGGGAUUUGCAGAUGCAAAGCUGGCUAUAUCGGAAAGAACUGUGAUUGUAAGACUGGAGGCAAAACCAGCAAGGAACUGGAAAAGAGUUGUCGAAAGGACAAUGCUUCAGUCAUUUGUUCUGGCCUGGGCGAUUGUGUGUGUGGACAAUGUAUUUGCCAUACCAUGGCAGAUACCAAAAAGCAUAUUUAUGGUUCCUUCUGUGAGUGUGACAACAUGAACUGUGAGCUUCACAAUGGUCAAGUGUGUGGAGGGGAAGCACGAGGAGUCUGUGAUUGUGGGAAAUGCAAAUGUAAAGGAGGCUUUGAUGGCACUGCUUGUCAAUGCAUAUCUUCAACAGACGGCUGCGUGAAUAAAAAUGGGAAUGUAUGCAGUCUGCGUGGGGAAUGUCAGUGCAAUACAUGCAAAUGUAAUGGACAAUAUCAGCCCCCUUUCUGUGAAGAGUGCCCAAGUUGUCCAUCUCUCUGUACCAGAAAUGUUUCCUGUGUUGAAUGUCUUGCCUUUGGGAGUGGGCCAUUUCAGAAGAAUUGCUCUGAUGCUUGUUCAAAUAUUACUGUUCAAAGUAAAGUGUUAUCAGAAGGUAAACAAUGCAAGGAAAAGGAUUCACAGAAUUGCUGGAUCUCUUACACAAUAUUUCAGACUGAUGGAGUUGAGCACUAUACUAUUACAGUCAAUCCUGAGAAAGAAUGCCCCCAACCCCCUAACAUUGCAGCCAUAGUGGGGGGUACUAUUGCUGGAGUGGCUCUGAUUGGGCUCCUCCUCCUCAUGGCUUGGCGGCUAGUGGCAGAGUUGAUUGAUCGCAGAGAAUAUCACAGAUUUGAGAAGGAGAAGUCCAAGGCUAAAUGGAAUGAGGCUGACAAUCCUCUUUUCAAGAGUGCCACUACCACUGUUGUGAACCCCAGAUUUAAUGGCCAAUGAAGUUAAAAUUCAGCAGCAGUGCAAAACACCAAGAAACUCUUCAGCGGAGAAACAGAAGAUGAAACAAUUUGCCAUGGUGCUUUUCUUAAACCAGCUGUUAUUGUUGUAUAGUAUCAGUCAUUAUGAAAAAAACAAUCUUUGGGUUUUGCAACAUGCUUCCAUUCCCACAUUUUUUUAAAUCCUAAAUGCUACAAAACUUAACUGCAUAUCACAGAUGAAGCACUCAGAGCAACUAGGUGUCCUCCAUUCAUUACCACUCAACAUGUGGAGAUUUGGAUUUUGGUUUGAGUAAUUAUUAAAGAUCUGCUAUAUUACCAUAUGUAAAUAAAAUUGGCAACUGCUACUCAGGGAGUUAUGUUAAUUAAUCAUCUUACUGUUUAUAAGGCCUAUUUUAAGGUAAGUCACAUAGUAAGAAAAUAAUAAGCCCUACCACAAACCUUCCCCAAGUAAGUACUAUGUUGGAUUCAAAACGAUGUGUGUUGUUGAUUUGUUCAUCUCAUGAGCAUUUGCAAUUCCAUCCAUCUGUCAAAGAGCUCCAAUAUUUUGCACUGCGAACUAUUUUUUUCCUGGGACUCCAAAAAAGAGAAGAGUGUAUCAGAGUAGAGCAUUCAGUCCCUUUGCUUUAAACUGCUGAGUUCACUGCCUCAGCGAGCUUCCAGCACUUAACAUAUUUCUAGCAUUGCUCUUUCCAUACUUAUCACCCAUAUGCACCUAUGUGUAUGCUUGUCUUGUGGUUCACAAAACCAGGUGGGUAGUCAGAGAAUGUUGCUUUUGGAAAAUAUUGAUAAUUGUGGAGUAGCCUAAAAUGGCUUUGGCUCAUCAUGAUUGUAAGCAAGCUUUGUGAGGUCUUAUCCCAGUACUGUAAACUCCAAAUUUAGUGUUGUGUUGCAAGGGACCAUUCUAAAGCUAUUAGCGAAUGAACUGAAAACUCCACAAAGCAUUUUAUUCACCUGUUGCUGAAUCAGCAACCUUGGGAUCUGAGAGCUUUGGGGAGCAGAUGGUGAGCUGAGGGCAUGGCCAGAACAUGCCCCAAACAGAGAAUGAGCUUCCUUGAAUGUGAGUUACCAAAAGUGCUAGAUGCCCCUUCUGGAUUAUCAGUCGGCCAUUCAAGCCCCAGGAACAGGACUGUUUUAAACAAUAACAUACUGGCAAAAAUGUACUUUCUUUUCUCUUCCACUACUCAGAAUGCCAAGUUAGUCUGGAAAAAUGAGCUUUUGCCAAAAGAACUAUCCACUGAGUGAUAAGACUAAAUGGUAAUUUCCAUUUUCUGGUUUAAGCUUAACAUUAACAACUAUAUAAGCUGUUGAAUAUAGGGAUUUCUUCUACUGAAAAAAUAUUGAUAGGUCCACAAAUUGUGAUCAGAUAGCUUUUAUUUGGACUGUUGAAUAAAUCUGGAUUCAAACAACAUGCUAAGUCAUAAAUCACGUAAAGUAUAUUAUGACUUGAUGAGAUGCAUGUGCAGAGUUCUAUCCUAGUUUUUUCACAUUGCAUUAAGCCUUUUUUUAUUAGUUUGGUUAAACUGGUUGAGUUCACAGGACAUAAGCAAAUGCAAACCCAACCAUUGUAUGUGACAUGGUGGCAGGUGAGAUAUCUGAAGGCUGUGUGCUUCAUUUUUGAACUAUUGACAUUUUUGGCAUUGGAGCCAUCAAUUGCUGGCAUGAUAGCACAAAUUCCAGAUGCUACAUGAAGAAUAGUAUUGUCACGAUUCAUUUUAAGAAAUCUUAACUAAUAGAAUGUUAUAUGAAUUAAACUUCCUUGUGGUAAAAAAACUGUACAGAUUGAUUUUAAAUCAUGCAUAAGGCCUUCAGUACAACCAAAAGCAAAGUCAAGUGUGGGAAUGGGCACUUCAAAAAAAUCAGGCAAGCUGUAUGCAACCAGGAUGAAACAAGGUAAUCAGGAGUCACUUUAUCACUGUUUUGUCUGACAGCUUGUCAGUUCCCAAGAUGCCGUCCACAGGGAGGGCAAAUGGCAAAACAAUCAUUGCAACCUAAACUCUCCCCUUUUGUAUUAGCACUGCAAUGUCUCACAUGCAUAUUCAUGUAAGGAGCAGAACUUGCAUUGUGAUGUCACAAUGCACAUACCAUUGUUUUGACAAAAUUUUGGUUCAACGCAGAUUCCAGUUACUUAGUAAUGUACAUGACCACUGAUGUUAAUGCAUCACUGAAAUCAAUAAAACUUUUACUGAUUUAAAACCAUUUCAAUUUGUAAUUGUAAACCCACGCUUGCGAGUUGUCAACUAUACAUUACUACCAAUAAAGCUCAUGCCCUAUUUCAAAUUGUGA